AGACUCUGUUUUUUGCAAAGAUUGACUUUGCCUCAGCAUCAACAAACUCUUCAUCUGAGAUUGGUUCCUGUGUGUCAUAUGGUUUACAAGUCAGUGGGAAUUAAGGACAGCACAUACAAGCCGAAAAGCCAAAUAAGGAAAUGUAUUCCUUCUCUUGACAGUUCUAAUUUAACUUGGCUAAAGCCAGUUUUUAGGUUGACUUGGGCAGAAAAGUGAAAAGAGAAUGCUCCACUUUAACCGAUGUCCGCAUCUGAAACAAAUAGCCCAGAAAUGUUUUCCCAGUAUACAUGUUAGAACGGAUAAACAUGUGCAGCUGUUUCUUUCAAGAACCCUUGCACUUGCAGAAUUCAGGAAGUCAUGGCACUCAACCCACUCUCUUGUUGGAGACAAAAAUAUUAUCCUGAUGGGACCGCCUGGUGCUGGGAAAACAACAGUAGGCAGAAUAAUAGGUCAGAAACUAGGUUGUUGUGUCAUAGAUGUGGACGAUGAUAUCCUUGAAAAAACCUGGAAUAUGAGUGUGUCUGAAAAAUUACAGGAUGUUGGUAAUGAGCAAUUUUUAGAAGAGGAAGGAAAAGCCAUGUUAAACUUCUCUACAUCUGGAAGUGUGAUUUCCCUUACGGGGUCCAAUCCAAUGCAUGAUGCUAGCAUGUGGCAUCUGAAGAAAAAUGGGAUAAUUGUAUACCUGGAUGUACCUCUAAUAGAUAUAGUCAGCCGCUUAAAAUUAAUGAAAAUUGAUAGGAUCGUAGGUCAGGAUGCUGGAACAUCUAUGAAAGACUUACUUAAGUUUAGAAGACAGUAUUAUAAGAAGUGGUAUGAUACCCGUGUUUUCUGUGAAAGUGGGGCUUCCCCAGAGGAGGUUGCUGACAAAGUGCUCAGUGCAGUCAAACGGUACCAAGAUGUGGACUCAGAAACGUUCGUUUCAACAAGACACAUUUGGCCUAAAGACGAACGGAAGGUUUCAACAAAAUUCUUUAGCGAAGCAGUGAUUGAGGGGUUAGCUUCUGAUGGUGGACUCUUCGUUCCUGAGAAAGAGUUUCCAAAAUUAAACUGUAGGGAGUGGAAAAGCCUCGUAGGAGCAACCUACAUAGAAAGGGCACAAAUCCUGCUGGAAAAGUGUAUACAUCCAGCUGAUGUACCUGCUGCCAGAUUGGGAGAAAUGAUUGAGACUGCUUAUGGGGAAAACUUUGCCUGCUCCAAAAUUGCCCCUGUCCGGCAUCUCUCAGGCAACCAGUUCAUCCUGGAGUUGUUUCACGGACCAACGGGAUCAUUUAAAGAUUUGUCUUUACAGCUUAUGCCUCAUCUUUUUGCACACUGUAUUCCACCAAGUUGCAAUUAUAUGAUACUUGUAGCUACUUCAGGAGACACAGGGAGUGCAGUCUUAAAUGGUUUUAGCCGUAUUAAUAAGAAUGAUAAGCAAAGAAUAGCUGUGGCCACGUUUUUUCCUGAGAACGGAGUAAGUGAUUUUCAAAAAGCACAAAUAAUUGGCAGUCAGAAAGAAAAUGGAUGGGCAGUGGGUGUCAAGUCAGAUUUUGAUUUUUGCCAGACAGCUGUAAAAGGCAUUUUCAGAGAUUCUGAUUUUGCUGGCUUUCUUAUUAUGGAAUAUGGAACGGUCUUAAGUUCAGCUAAUUCCAUAAACUGGGGCCGACUGCUUCCCCAAGUAGUUUAUCAUGCUUCUGCAUAUCUUGAUCUUGUUAGCCAAGGAUUUAUUUCUUUUGGAAGCCCAGUGGAUGUCUGUAUUCCCACAGGAAACUUUGGUAACAUUUUAGCAGCAGUGUAUGCCAAAAUGAUGGGAAUCCCUAUUCGCAAAUUUAUUUGUGCCUCUAAUCAGAACCAUGUUUUGACUGAUUUUAUAAAAACAGGACACUAUGACCUAAGGGAAAGAAAAUUAGCACAAACCUUUUCACCAGCAAUCGAUAUUCUUAAAGCUUCAAACCUGGAACGACAUUUACACUUGAUGGCUGGUAAAAACGGAAAAUUAAUGACAAAAUUGUUUAAUCAACUAGAAGAGCAGCAUCACUUCCAGAUAGAGAAGAUGCUAGUUGAGAAACUCCAGCAGGAUUUUGUAGCCGACUGGUGCUCCGAGGGAGAGUGUCUGGCAGCUAUUCAUUCCACCUACAGUACUUCGGGGUAUAUUCUGGAUCCACACACUGCUGUUGCAAAAGUGGUUGCAGACAGAAUGCAAGACAAAACUUGCCCAGUGAUUGUCUCAUCUACGGCUCAUUACUCGAAGUUUGCACCUGCUAUCAUGCAGGCUUUAAAGAUUAAAGAAAUCAACCAUACCUCCUCAAGUCAGCUUUACUUGCUGAGUUCCUACAAUGCAUUGCCUCCACCGCACGAAGCCUUAUUAGAGAGAACGAAACAGCAAGAGAAGAUGGAGUACCAGGUUUGUGCAGCUGAUGUGAAUGUCAUGAAGAAUCACGUGGAAAAACUAAUACAAAAUCAAUUCGUAUAAAAAAUUUUUGAGUAAAACUUUUUUUCUGGUGAUAAGCAUGCCAUAAUAAAUCCCAGACAUUGAUUUGGAGUACAAUAGCAUUUUCCUUUUUUUGGUAAAUAUAGCUACAUGUAGAUCUAUUAUCUUUUGGAAUUUCAAAUAACCUGAUCUCUAUAACUGAACAUUGUACCUGCACAUGCUCCUUAAAACCUUAUAAUCUGGAAGUGACAAAAGGGUAGCAUAGUGCAUGGACCUUUGUGUUGUGCUGUGCUUUGCACUCGUGAGGGAUAUAUCAGUUUCUACGCCCUCAUCCCCACUUUUAAGUGGAUCAGAAUGUCUGGUAUUCAACUUGGCAAUUAGAAUAUUUAAGCGUAGUUGUUAAGUAACAUAUCUGUAACAAUUACUAGCUUUCUAUUGACUAGAAAGAAUUUAUCAUUGAAAUGACUAACUUGUAUGGAAGAAGUAGUAAGUUCAUCUGUUAAGAUAGGG